CAAUUCAGUAUAUUUCUGACGGUCAGUCACACUGCAAACGCAGUGAAAACUUAGUUGAAUAAAAAAAAAAAAAUAAUUUAUUAUUUAAACAACAAUGAACAAGCUCAAGUCGAGCCAACACCGAGACAAGGUGAAGAAGUUUAUUUCACUGACACAGACAGGGGAACAGACGGCAAUUUUUUGUCUGCAACAGAAUGACUGGAAAAUGGAUCUGGCCAGUGACAACUAUUUUCAAAAUCCCGAGUAUUAUUACCGCGAGCUAGACCGCAAGCGAAUCGACCAGUUAUAUAUACGAUACCGCGAUCCGAGUGAUCCGCUUAAGAUCAGUUCGCAAGGCGUGAUUCGAUUUCUAGAAGAUCUAGACCUAAAACCCGACUCGAAGCUUGUCCUGAUCAUUGCGUGGAAAUUUCACGCCGAAGUACAGUGCGAAUUCUCGCGGGAUGAAUUUACAAAUGGCAUGUGCGAACUGGGCAUCGAUAGCAUUGAAAAACUCAAAUCGAAGCUGCCAUUGCUGGAGCUGGAACUGAAUGAUGCUGGCAAGUUCAAGGAUUUUUAUCACUUCACUUUCAACUAUGCCAAGGAUCCAGGACAGAAGAGCAUCGAUCUGGAUAUGGCAAUUGCAUACUGGUGCAUAGUGCUAAGCGGACGCUUCAAAUUCUUGGACAUUUGGUGCAAGUUCCUCGAGGAGAAACACAAGCGAGCCAUAUCGCGAGACACCUGGAAUUUGCUCCUCGAUUUUGCCACCAAUAUCGAUGAUGGGAUGAGUAAUUACGACUCGGAAGGUGCAUGGCCUGUACUUAUCGACGACUUCGUUGAAUGGUGCCAGGAAAACAAUCAUCUGAAGGAAGAUCCAUCGUCAGGGUGCCAGUCAACGUCCCAAAGGAACAUAUCUAGCGUUUACCCGACCUCGCAUAGUACAAAUAUGAAUUAUGGCUAACGAAUUGUUGGAGCUGCUAUAUUCUCAUUAAUAAUAGAUUUGCUUUUAUUCUGAUUAUUUUAAAUAAUGAAAAUAUUAAGCAAGGCAGGUACACUUACAUUUUCUCUAAAAAAAA